UUUUAUUUUUUUGGGUAUAAUAGUUUGGGUGAAGAUCGUGUAAAUAAACCCCGAUAAUUCAGGGUACUUGUAUCAUUUCAAGUCUAUAAUCAAUAUAAGCAUUUAACCAGUGACUCUCUUUUCUCUUUAGGUGUACGGAUAAUUGAAGAACCUUAUCAAGGCCUUAGUAAAAAUGGUAGAUGUUGAAUUGAGGGGAAGUGCCCACCGGAUUAAGAAGUGUGCCUGUGAUUUACUGUCAAUUGGCGGUGAUCUUGUGGAUGAUGAUGACUCAUGGGAUUUGAUGGGAAAUGAUCUACGCCUCAAAUCUACAUUCUUGUAUUGUGAUUUCAACAGGAUGAUUUCUAGUGCUCCAAGGGAUCAGAAGAAGCCUCUGACAGAACUUGCAAACAAAUUAUUUUGUUCCAUUGAAGAGUUAGAUCAUGCAGUAAAAAGUCGAAGUGUUCCCUUGACCCAAGAUCGAUACAAUGAGGCUGCAGUAAUCUUACAGGAAGUGAUGGCUCAGAUGCCUUGAGAAAUAUGAGCUUCAAGCCUUAUUGAUGAUUACAUUGAUCUCCCAAUGUCAUAGACACUUAUCAACUUGUACAUAUUUGCUUUGGUUGUAUACACACCAACAUCCUAAGACGUCUUUACUUUAGCUGUAAAUGGUUUUUAUUGACUGCAACCAUCAUAUUUUCAAAAUCAAAGGAUUACUGACCGAUGAUGGUUCAAUCAUAUAAGC